UUCCUUCGCGACCUGCCAAAACACUUACUGCAACCACAUCGAAACCUCAGCCCGAAACGAAAUGGAACCAGCCACCAGCAACGCCUCGACCGUCACAACAGCCAGCCACCGCGCUAGCACCACAAGCGCACGGAUGUCAUCUUCUCGGGCAGUCUCGUUCACCACAGCAGAAAUCUACACGUUUGACGUUGCGUACGGCGGCAGCGCAGUCCCGAAAUUGACCGGUCCGCCCAUUGGACUCGCACCAACGCACACACACGUCACCUACACCGAUCUCAGCAAAUCCACGCAUUGCCGCCGAGGCACCGUGCGCAAGUUCAAUCACCUUGAACGCAUUGAAUUGCUCAAGCAAGCCGAGUAUCAUGUCCAGGAUAUCGCGACAUUCUGCGUCGAGGCGUUAGCGAUUCGCAAGUCGCGCGCUGACACCACCGACGAAGUCAAGGCAGAGAAGAAGGCCAUCAAGCGCGCAAGAGACGAGAGUUUGCUCGAGUAUCAGCGCGUGACGACAUUUCGGCGUCGUAUGACCAUGAUGGAUCCUGCCAUGGGACUGAGUGUCGAAGCAUAGCAAGAAGGCCAGAAUCUCAACGUAUUUAAUGGAAUCACUUCACUUGAUUCUAGCUAGAA